AUGCCUGCUCAGUACGGCGAAACCCCUGCUCCAGCUUCAAUUAAGAUUGAAGAAUCAGGGCCAACUGAGGAUGUUGAGAUGAACGAUACUAAUGAUUCUACUUCUUGUGUAGGUAAAGUAGUAGAGGAUGAGAACAAGGAGAAAACUAUUGAACACACCAAUGUCUCCUUGAAUUCUGAAUCCGUUGCUUCAAACUUAGAUGCUUCUGAUCAACAUGCUGUUGAGAAGUACAGGCCACCAAAUCAAAUGAAACAGCCGACUUGCUGCAACAGCACGAUGCCGCCCCGUAGGUCUACACACCAUGUCAACAACGCAGCACCUCCACCACCACCACCACCUCCACCAACGGAUAAUGCAACCUUGAUAGCCACUAUAACAGCUGCAGUGAUAGCAGCAAUGGCACAGAUGAGUAAUAAUGGUUCCGGAAGGGGAGUAAAUAUCUCUACGAAUGGCCAACGUCAGGGUCGUUCAGGAGAUUGCACCUUCAAGGACUUCACAAAUAGCAAGCCCAUAUCUUUUAAUGGAUCCGGAGGGAUAAUGGCUCUAUCGCAGUGGAUAGAGAAAACAGAAGCGGUUUUUGAGAUCUGUGCAUUUCUGGAAGUGAGCAAGGUAAAGUUUGCUGCUUGCAUGAUGGCAGGAUUUCACUUGUUGGGGGCUCCCUAUUUCCCCAACCAAGGGAAUGUCGGUUGGAUUGUGGAAGACCUAGAGGAAGAUUCCGAAGAGGAAACCAUGGAGGAUGAGGAACCCAUAGAGGAUGUAGAACCCAUGGAAGAGGAAGAAUCUGUAGACAGUGAAGAGGAAGAAGACUUAGAUGGAACUGACUCAGAAUCCGAAAAAAUGCCACCUCAUAGAAAUCAUAGACGUGGCGGCGCCGCAGGAGCUGCACCACCGCCACCACCACCUCCUCAGUUCGACCCAGUAAUGUUCUAG